GUAUAUAGGGAUUAAAUUAUUCCUAGUAUUGCUAACCUCCCGCCAUCUAUCGUCAAAAAAUUUCCCGAAAGAAAGUAGAUUGACAGGAUUUCCUUCGCAAGAACGAAUUCCGAAAAUUGUUGUACUUCGAAGAAACGCGUCGUCCCGAUCUUGUUUGCUUAGCGACAGAAAAUUUCGAGUACGUCAAAACAAGAGAAUUUCGUCGUGAAAAAAUAUUAAACAUAUCACUCCAGAAUGACAAUUAUAACCCAACCAAUUACAGAGAAAAAACUUUCUAAACAACAAGAGCCAUUAGUUAAAAAUGAAGUCCCGGUUGCAGGAAGAGAUGCUGAAGAAGGAAGGCCAGUUGUUGUUACCAUGCAUCCUCAUGUGCGACGUGUUAGUUCAACAACAACAUUGUGUGUUUUCAUAACUGCUCUCUUGGUAUUGACAACAGGAAUUAUUGGUGGAAUUUAUUUAUAUAGACAACUUGCUCAUUACAGGCUCCGUCAUUUUCGUGGAUGGUGCACUGUUCCAUAUAUUCCAGACAAGCAAGAUGAACACAAAUACGAAGCCCUAAAAAGUUAUCAGUCAAUACAAGCUGAUGAUGCUUCAUACAAUAAUUUUGAACAAAAAGUUGACAUUGAUAUAGAGUUGGAGCAAUAUGAAAGUAUUGAAGUUCCUGAUUUUUCACAAGGACGACGUGGAAGAUUUAUCCAUGAUUUUUCAGUGAAUAAAACAGGUAUAAUUGAUCUGGAUGGACAUCAAUGUUUUGUAAUGCCAUUGAAUCGUAGUUUAGUUCUUCCCCCUCAUUCUUUGUUUGAUCUUGUUGUGAAAAUGAGAGCAGGAUAUUACGACGUCGAUACAGAAAUUGUGAGAGAGACAAUGCAGGUAAUGACACCACCCAUAAAAGAUUUCAAAACUGUUGGAUAUUACAUUGCUAGGGAAUGUUCGAAAAUGCCAACUUAUCGUCUGGAAAGAGUAACGUCAUCAGUUUUCAAACGAAGCAUUACUGACAAAAUAUUAUUUCGAGAGUUUGCAGGUAAAAAGAUUAGCGAAAUAGAAAUCAUUAAUUUGGAAGAUGCUCACGAAGGAGUGGUCUGAUGUGUCUGAAAGACAUUUGUAAUUUAGUAUAUUUGGAUUAUACACAUUUUCUUGUUAAGACACUUGUAUGAAAAGAUACUAGUUGUUUAUUGUAAUCUAAGUACUGUAUACAUAUAUAAAUAUAUAUAUACAUACACAUAUAUAUAUAUUAUAUAUAUAUCUAUUUUUCAUUCGUAUUUUUAAUUCAUUUUGUGCCUUUGUAUCGAAAAUGUCUGCUUGAACAAUGAUAGAGUGUUUACGAGCGGAGAAAGAUCGUGACCCUAAAGUAUUGAUUUAAUUUCUGUAUUUUAUGUGCUUGACAAGAACAAGAUAUUCUUGUGUCUCGACUUCUGUCCCAUGAUGUUUGUCAAAUUAGUAAAAUAAGCUUUGUUCGGCAUUGUAUAAUAACAACAUUAGAAAAUACAAUGAUGUGAAUAAUGCACCGUGAUCGUAGUUGCUGUUUUUGGUCUUUUCCUUUAAUGGAAAUGUUUUUAGGCAAAUAAAAGUGCCAUAAUCUUUCAAUCUACUAUUAGAUGUUAUAUUGAGCACAUUUAGAAGUUGUCUUUAUUAUAAUGCUCAUUAUAGAAAUUUUAUCACCUAGAGCAUAUUUACAAUUUUAGUAUCUCAAAUCUUUGUUGUUAUAAAUACCAGUUGACAACCUCAUGGAAAUUGUAUAGAUAUAUGGAAUAUUUGAAAAUAAUAAACUGUGUUUACAUGACUAGGAAAAAAUUAUAAUUAGAAUUAUCAAACAGUUUAGAAUUCACUAUGGAAUGUGCAGAGUUACAAUUUAAUUUUUCCAUUUGGAUCUACUUAUGGUAAGUAAAAAAUAUUUUGUUGUCACAUAUAUGCCAGUACAUUUAGUAGUUGCGAGUUUUGUUGUCACCUAUCAAUAUUCAAUAUAUUUAACAAAGUUUUGUUGGCUACUCUUGUAAAAAUUGAAGCUAUGAGGUACUCACUGUAUUUGAAAUUGCAUAUCAAAGUUUCUGUAUUUUAUUCUGUAGAAUAUGUAGUGUAUAUAUAUAUAUAUAUAAUAGAAAUUAAAUAAAAAUUGGUGUGAUUUAAA